UUGCCUGAAUUUAAUUUACCAAGAGCUGCAUUAGUACAUAAUCUGGUCUGUCCGCACACAGCAUGUACUUUGGAGGGGCUGGUAGGAAUGGCGUUUAUUCUACUCAGUUAUGGAACCCUGAGGCUCCAAGAGUGGAAAUUAUUCAACAACAGGUCCCCCAACAGGCGAGCAUUAUAAUUCAGGAGCUCUCUGGGCUGCAGGCGCCAGUAUCACACUUUGCUACAGUCAGGAAUGGACAUGUGAAGGAAGAUCUGGUGGAGCUGAUGAUGAUACAAAACGCACAGAUGCACCAAGUAAUUAUGAACAACAUCACCAUGACAGCGCUCAGCAGCUUUGGUCACAGUCCACAGUCACAGCCGGCCACUCAGAACAUAGGACCAUUAAGAGAGGAAGUGAAUGAGCCCGAUACUAUUUAUCAUCACCAUUACGAAGCCUGGCCUUUCCCAGCAUUUCCCUCCUGGCCCAGACUGUCUGCUCAGCCAGAGACCCAGCAACCAGGAAUACGACACAUCACCUCAGACCCAUCGCCAAACGCACAGAAAGACAUUCAGGCACCGUUCAGAGCUGUGCCUCCACCACCCCCACCGAGUGCAACAGGGACUGUGGGGGCUGAUGUUCCUCCAGCCUCAGAAUAUUACGAUGUGGCUUGAUGGCUAGCUGAGAAAAUUAGCCUUUGUGUAAAUGGAAGACGUUUCACUCGAACCUCAAACACUG